ACUGUCAACUAAACCAACUUUUGCCGGUUCAUGUGAGGGAUUUUUUGCUUUGUUAUUGUCAGGAGUAGCCUAGAAACGUGUGAAAAAGUUAGAGAAAACAUAGGAAGUAAUUUCUAAUCUUAAACAGCUACUAAUUAAGUGCAGUGUAUAUUUAACAAAAAUGAGUACUGAUCCUGAGAGAUUUGACUCCAUGCUGUUGGCCAUGGCGCAACAACAUGAAGGCGGCGUAAAGGAUUUGCUGGACACUAUAGUCAGUUUUUUGGCAAGAAAAACUGAUUUCUUUACUGGAGGAAAAGCAGGAGAAUGGGAAACGGUAGUCAAAAAUACAUUCUAUAAACAUGCAACAAAAGCUCAAGAGGAAGCUGAUAAGAUAAGGAAAGAGAAAGAAGAAGCAGACAAAAGACUCAAAGAAAUACAACAGAAAAAGGAGCAGGAGCGUUUGGCUCGUGAUUUUGAACCAGCUUCUGUUAAAGAGCUCACGGAACAAGAGGCUGCUGAGUUGCAACAAGAUAUUGAGAAAGAUAAAAAAACUGAAACUGGAAAUGGAAGUGGAGAUGCAGCGCCUGCUGAUGUUGAAAUGGCUGAUGCACCUGAAGAAGAAGACGAUCCUAAAGAAAAAGGCAAGCUCAAACCUAACUCUGGUAAUGGGUGUGAUCUCGAAAACUACAGAUGGACCCAAACUCUGGAAGAGAUUGAGUUGCGAGUUCCACUGCGUCAAGUGCUUCGCCCGCGCGAUCUGUCUGUAAUUAUCAACAAGCGUCACCUAAAAGUGGGCAUAAAAGGGCAGCCGUUCAUUAUCGAUGGUGAACUGGAUGCAGAUGUCAAAGUCGAGGAGUCUACGUGGGUGCUACAGGAUGGCCGCAAUUUACUAGUCAACUUAGAGAAGGUAAACAAAAUGAACUGGUGGAGCAGACUUGUAACAACGGAUCCCGAAAUCUCUACUAGAAAGAUUAAUCCAGAACCUUCGAAAUUAUCGGACCUAGAUGGAGAAACGAGAGGCUUAGUAGAAAAAAUGAUGUACGAUCAAAGACAGAAAGAAAUGGGACUGCCCACUAGUGAUGAACAAAAGAAGCAAGAUGUACUUAAAAAAUUUAUGGAACAACAUCCGGAAAUGGACUUCUCGAAGUGCAAAUUUAAUUAAGAGAUGAAGAAAUCAUACUUUGAUGUUACAGGAGUUUUUUAAAAUCAAAUCGAAAUUUUGCAAAAUUACUUAUUCUAUGCGAAAAUCAAAACCAUUUCGACGAUCACACUCUAUGAUUCUUGAUUUUAUCGUCUAGCACACAAUAAUUAUGUUGUAAAACUGAAUGUUCGUCUUGAAUAAAGAUAAUGUUGAUUUAAUAAUUCAAAUA